AUGCCAGCCAAGCGCAUGCGUGGAACCAAACUUUUGGCGGGCAUGGAACAGGAGAAUAUGUUUACAGGUCCAGAUAUGGGUAGCCACGGUACCAGAAAUCAGACGCGACUACAGAUGAACUCGUUAGAAGGGCAGACCGAUGCUGGCGGUGAGGAAAACGGUGCUGUGGAUAGAGGAUCGGAUUCUUCGCUGUCAGCGACACGAUCUGUUACACCACCAGAGCACAGUCAGACCGUAAAUCGAGUCGAGGAUCUCGAAAGUCCCCAGAAUGUUUUCGAUACGCAAUCGAUAGACGUGCUGGAGUCAGAUGAUGGCAUGAGCAUGGACAUGAGUGACGGGUUCCAUCCCCUAGAAGAUCAAGGGCAGGAUCUUACCCAAACUAUCAACCUUCCUGGCACGCAUCAACCUCAGCAACUACAUGUUGAGCAACUGUUCGCCGAAGUCGCGGCUUUAAAGCAACAAAUCGCUUCCCUGCGACAGCACUCGCAGCAGCAGAUAGCCCUGCAAAAUUCUAAACCUGCACCUGAACCCAGAGCCCUUCCAGCAUCAGGAAGCGACGCUUCUGAAUUGGGUUCUCUGAUGGACACUCCGUGCGUUCGAUGCAUCAGCCUCAUGGCCAAUGCAACAUUGUCGGCUGAGGCCAGCAAGUUUAAAGUUCUGUGCCACAAGCAGACCGAUCGACACAUCGAUGCCAGGAAUGCGAAAAGGCUAAAAGAACAUGCCAUAAGGUUAACUAGCCCUCCUACGUUUCUUAACACGUACCGCCGGUACAUAAUGCAGCUCAAGAAAAUUCCCUCGAUUGUUCUUCGUCUCGAAGAUGACCGCAUUGGGUGGGAGAAUCAGCACGGAGCGUCCAAUCAAGAGGAUCGACAGCUUCUCUUAAAGCAGGAGGACAGGGAGACCCUGGAAGAGGCAAACAGAAUACUCAAGGAAUUUUACCCUCUGCCGUCUCAGAAUGGGUGGAAAAGGAACCGAGAGGAUGUAAGCAAGGCGAGGCUUGAGGAUACUUGGUGUCAUUGGUAA